AAUACCCCAACAAAGCAUUUGCUGCCAUGUCCCAUACCAUACAUAACACCAAGUAACAACUUUUGUUUCUCCUUUAACUUCUUCUUCUUCUUCUUCCUCCAAACAUCUUUUGUCUUUUUCUUUCGAUUUUAAGCGAUAAACGUCACCAUGAAGCAAAAGAUGGUAGUGAAGGUUACCAUGAAGGGCGAGAAAUCCCGCUCUAAGGCGUUGAAAAUUGUAGUUGGUCUCUCAGGGGUGGAGUCGGCUUCGUUGAAAGGCGAUGACAAGAGCCAAAUAGAGGUAACAGGGGAUGGUGUGGAUGCAGUUAAGCUAACCAGUCUGCUAAGGAAGGGCGUGGGGUACGCCGAGCUGGUCAGCGUCAGUGCCGCUGAUAAGAAGGAUGAUAAGAAAGACGAGACGAAGCUACCGCCACCCUUCUACUAUUAUCAGUGUCAACCGGUGCCUCCGUACGGAUACGUCGAAAACUAUGGACCCUCUUGCUCCAUCUUGUAAUCACAGACACACGAAAUUUUACACUUCACAGUCGACAACAACAAAUGAUAUAUAUAUAUAUUACUUGGCUUAAAUUCCUCAGUUCCUGUUCACCUCAAAAUUAGACCUCUAAUUUCUGUGUUUCCUAUGCAAUUAUUUUUGUUGUUGUGUUUUCAUUAUUGAAAAAGAGAGAUUGGGUUUCAAAGUUAGAAA